AUUUAUGCAUAUACCAGAGUGCGUUGCGAGAAUUUAAAAAAGAGAGCGAAUUUUAUUGCGAAAAGGUAAGAAAAAUCUAAGAUGGCCCGUACGAAACAGACCGCCCGUAAAUCAACUGGAGGAAAAGCUCCACGUAAACAGCUUGCCACUAAAGCUGCUCGUAAGAGUGCCCCAUCCACCGGAGGUGUGAAGAAGCCCCAUAGGUACAGGCCUGGUACAGUCGCCUUGAGAGAGAUCCGUCGUUACCAGAAAUCUACGGAGUUGUUGAUCCGCAAACUGCCAUUCCAAAGACUUGUCAGGGAAAUUGCACAAGAUUUCAAGACUGAUCUUAGAUUCCAGAGUGCGGCUAUUGGAGCUUUGCAAGAAGCCAGUGAAGCUUACUUGGUUGGAUUGUUCGAGGACACGAAUCUGUGUGCUAUCCACGCCAAGCGAGUCACAAUUAUGCCCAAAGACAUCCAACUUGCCAGAAGGAUCCGUGGGGAACGAGCAUAAUUCUCCAAAUUAACAAAGGCACAUAAAUGAACAUCCAUCAUCAAACGACAGGAAUCCUUCAGAAAUGUAUUUUAGACCAAUAUUGACCUUUUCAUAUCAUAGACAGGAAUUUUAUAUCUGGGGACUUUAAGCUAGAGGUAGUUACUCGAUUAUCAUGUUGUCACGUGUGAAUUAUGUUCAUAAGUUAUUUUCCUGGCCAUUUGUGGCCUUCUGGAUGAGGUGGCUGCGAACUGACUGCAAGGGUUUGUUAAGUUUGAGGACUGAUUCAUAUACCGAGGAGGAAUUUUGUGACGAUCAAGUCUAUUUGCAGUUAGUGUCUUUGUGUUCAGAUAGUUUAGUGUGGUGGCAAACCAUUGCUUAUCAGGUACUUAUUGGGUGGGAUUUUCAUUCAAACCAUCAGCUUAUCGCACAAGAUCCUUGUCUCCACCACAAUUUUAAACUUUGAAGUGAUUCCAGUCAUCUGAGGAUGGAUAUAGACAGUGCUAAAUAGGAAAAGACCUUUUCACCAAAACAAUAAUUUUGUAAUGUAUGGAAGUUCUUGAUCCCAAGAUUACUGGUGGUUUGUCUCACAGUAGAUUUAUUCUGACGAAAGAUGACAGCUCUCUUGCUCAGGAAGUCCGAUGGCUAAUUUUCAUUGUGUAAAUCUGGAGCAUCGUCGCGUAGUCAUAUUGUCAUGAAUCAAUGUAUCAUAGUUCCAUAGUGUGUCAUUCUAGCUCUAUAUUUUGUACUUUUGUCCUUGUAAUAAAUGUUUUAUCCAUCUAUUUAAGCUGGUUGUUCACGAAAAACUGGACAACAAAAACUAUCUCAGGAUUUUAUCGACGCAGCCAGGACUAUGAAUAAUAUCAAUAAUAAUAUUGUUAACCUCCAAAGCAUUAUUUGAGUAAAAUAGACUGCAAGAUACCAUCAGUUGUUUGGGAAUUUGAUUAAUUUGCACGGAUAGUUUGGCAUUGUUGCAUUACCGUACCAUCGGACAGUGUUUUACUGGUUCCUUAGUUUCUGGGCUGGUGAUAACAAAUAUAUUGGAAGAUGUUGUAAUAGUAUCAGCUGUUAUCGAAAAGUUUUUAACUUGUGCAUGAAAAAGAUCAUUUGUUGUCAUGUUAAAUAAAUUUUGCCUGUUACACAUUUUCGGACAAAUAUUUUCUUUCGUUGUAAGAAAAUUGUAUGCGUUUCAGAUUCACUAAAACAGUUGAUAAAAUUACACGAUCUCCCAAAAUGAUUCUACAUCAAAGAAGACUUGAGAGAUGAAAGUAGAUACACUUGCAAUUAUGUUUGUGUAGGUGGUAUCUGGCCAGCAAAUUUUAAUAAAAUGAUAAUGACAAAAUGA